GCCGCAUAGCGGGAGCGGGGCGCGGGGCUGAGCCAUGAGCCGGCGGACCUGACACGCACGCCUGGCGUGCUGGCCGCCAGAGGACAUCGGCAGCCGGCGCGUCUCGCCGACUGGGCCAUCUUUGCAUAUGGAAGCACAAUGAGCUGAAGCUCCUGGACUCAGGAGCCGGCGGGAUAGACGAGCUGUCCGGGAAGUUCUCCAGUAACAGCGUCAUGUACGGCCUCUGCCGUGUCCAGGACCCCAGCUCCGGGCAGCCCCGCAUCAUCCUCAUCAACUGGGUGGGGGAGCAGGUGCCGGAGUCCCACAGACAGACCUGUGCGGGGCAUCUGCCUGCCAUCAAGGCCUUCUUCAAGGAGGCCAGCCUGGUGCUGGGCGCCCGCUGCCCCAAUGAUGUGACGCAGGAGGGGCUGCACCGCGUGCUGUCCCGGCUCGCGCCAGCAGGGGGCAGCGCCUCCAGGCGAGCACCAGCCAGCAGCUCAGAGGAACUGGUGGGCACCAACUACAGGAAAACGAACCCUGCCCUGGAGAUCCGCAGGACCAAACGGGAUUCGUUCUGGGCACAGGCCGAGAGGGAAGAGGAGCAGCGGAAGGAGGAGGAGCGCCGGCGGCUGCUGGAGGAGCGCAAGCGCUGGGAACGCGAGCGCAUGGAGGAGGAGAAGAGAGAGGCUGCUGAGCGAGAGCGCAAGUUCAAGGAGAAGGAGAGGCUGAUCGAGGAGCAAAGGAAGGAGCAGGCACGGCUGGAGGCUGAGGAGUGGAGGAAGGAGAAAGCCCGAUGGGAGCAGCAGCAGCGGGAGCACGAGGAGGCCAUGCGGGACCGGUUCCGGCGCAGCGAGUCCAUUGAGAAGGCCGUGGAGGCAGCCACGCUGGUCUCCCAGCGCUCUCAGAAUCCCCGGGACUUCUUCAGGCAGCGGGAACACUCCAGCUCCACUUCGGGUGCCCAGUCGCCCCCCUCGCCCCUGGGUGUCAGGCCAGGAGCACCCCACAGGCCCUACCUGCGCUACCAGCGCAGCCUGACGGAGUCUGCCUACAUCUUCCGCCGGCCAGAGCCCCCCACUUCACCGGGUGACUUCCUCCCGGCCCCCUCCAGCCCUCGCCCCACUGAAUCCAGCUCCAGCAGGGCUGCUCCUCCUGCCAGUCCACGCAGACCCACACCCCUGCCCCCCACCAGCCCGCGGGGGGCCCAACCCCUGCCCCCCACCAGCCCACGUGGGACAGGGCCCCUGUCCCCCACCAGCCUGCCCGGGGCCCAACCCCUGUCCCCCACCAGCCUGCAAGGGACAGAGCCCCUGCCCCCCACCAGCCCACCCGGCGCCCAACCCCUGCCCCCCACCAGCCCACGCGGGACAGUGCCCCUGUCCCCCAUCAGCCUG